GCGCUAUAUGAGGAGUAGACGCUUCCACUUCCGUCAGAACCCAGACCUUCCUCUGGCCUGGUUCCCCGGAUUUUCACCUUAAUCGUUUGCAGGUUACAGAAGUUGCAAUCCUCCAAUUUACCCCCAUUAUAUGGACUAUCUUCUCCACCACCGACCUCCUCCAGUAGUUGAACGGCAGCCCGACGAGUUUAACAGAGAAUUUAUUGGCUUCAAUAUCUUGUUCAUUGCAAGACAUAUGCCAUUCCUUGAGGACGAUCAACCCUUUCUGGGUGACAACAAAAGAGAACUCCAGCAUUUCACCCCCACAUCAAGGAUAGCUUUGCACUCGCUGAAAGGCACCACUAUCACAGGCGUUGUGAAGCUGAGCUUUUUUAAUAUCUCAUCCACAACCGGCUGCCAAUCAUUAAUCUUUUUGGCUGCUGUUAGCACAAACCUACUCGCCCAUCUCCUUUUAUCCACUUCCAACUCCAGUUUAUGCGUCUUAACAGAGCAUGCCAGUUCGCAUUUCAAAUCCUGGUCCACAACUGCUUCUUCAUUUUUUUUGUUUGGAUUGUCCAUGGCAAUGUUACUCUGCACCUUCCCUUCUUCAUCUAUUUCCGGAUUGAACUUCAGCGGCGCCGCCUCAGUCUUCUUCGUCACCACCAAGUAAUCCUGUAACUUAAUCUGCAUAACCUUUCCACCCUGAUUUUCUGUUACCUUCUGGAACACAAAUCAACUUCCUCUUCUCAUCCCCAAAACACUCUAUAAGCAUUUUGAACCAACCUUUUCUGUUGUUCCUCAGCUCCGCCAUGAAACUCUUCCUCUCUGUGUUCAUCUGACCCUUCCAACCACUCUCUUUUUUGUGUAUAUUGCUCCAUCGACAAAACCUUUAACCCAAGCUACCGCAUCUCUAACUAGAAAGAUUGAUGACUUCUUUCCUUCCCUGAUUUUCAAGCAGGUCUUACUGUUGCUCCUGCAUUCUUCAAAUGCAAAUCUCUUCGCCUCACAUUCCCAUCCCUUCCUCCACCUUGCCUCCAGCUUGAACUAAAUUAAUAGUCGAUAUGGCUUUAAAUAGAACGGAUUGGCAAAACAGGAUUCUUAUAGUUGGGAUAAGGCAUGGAUAAUGAUGAUGAUUGCAUUAGGUCUGGUGGAAGCUAGAUUCAGUUUGGCUUUUCAUAUGACCAUGGAUUUUCAUAUGUGACCAUAGCGGCAUGGCCUAAGAACUGAUUGACAAUUAUUGGACAUGACAAGAGAGGCAUCGCUUUCUUUUGGAGCUGGUCAUAUUGGAGUACAUUUGCACUUACUUGGGUUAUGAAGAUGCUGGAGACUUCACUGUGAAAGAAAGAUUGAGGACUAGCAUACAGCAAAAUUUAGUCUUCUAUCUAAGUGUUGGAUCUAUUGGAUUUUUUGGAUUAAUUCUCCUCAUUUGUAUGCGCAGAAACUGGAGUGGAGGUAUUGUGGGUUUAGCCAUGGCUUGCUCAAAUACUUUUGGACUUGUUACGGGUGCAUUUCUUCUUGGCUUUGGUCUGAGUGAAAUUCCAAAGAGCAUUUGGAGAAAUGCAGAUUGGAACAUUCACCAAAAAGUCCUCACUCACAGGGUUGCUAAAAUGGCUGUGAAACUUGAUGAUGCCCAUCAAGAAUUUUCAAAUGCUAUUGUAAUUGCCCAGGUCACUUCAAAUCAGAUGUCCAAGCGUGAUCCUUUGAGACCCUACAUGGAUGUGAUUGAUAGCAUGUUGCAUCAGAUGCUUAGAGAAAAUCCUUCAUUCAAACCACAAGGAGGUAGGUUGGGAGAAAAUGAUAUGGACUAUGAUGCUGACAAGAAAUCAAUGGCCACACUCAGGAGACAACUUAGGAGAGCAAAAGAGGAGUACUAUCGCUACAAAAGUGAGUAUAUGACCUUUGUCAUAGAAGCUCUUGAGCUAGAAGAUACAAUAAAGAAUUACGAGCGUCGCAAUGAAACUGGAUGGAAAUAUGUUUCAAGUUUCAGACCUGGUCGAACUGGAAAACUAGGAUCUUUUUUUGAUACAACAGAGUUGGUCUGGCGAUGUAUACUUAGGAAACAACUUGGGAAGCUCUUGGCCAUUAUGCUUGGUUGCAUGUCUGCUGCAAUUCUUUUAGCAGAGGCUACUAUACUGCCAAGUGGAGUCGAUUUAUCUCUUUUCUCCAUUCUCAUAAAUUCUGUCAGAAAGCAAGAGGUUCUUGUACAGAUAACUGCUUUCAUUCCUCUGAUGUAUAUGUGCAUUUGCACGUAUUAUUCCUUGUUCAAAAUUGGAAUGCUGAUGUUUUACUCAUUAACACCAAGACAAACAAGCUCAGUCAGUUUGCUUAUGAUUUGCUCGAUGGUUGCAAGAUAUGCACCUCCAAUUUCUUACAACUUUCUCAAUCUCAUUAGCCUUGGUGGAAAGGCCAAAACUAUCUUUGAAAAGAGAAUGGGGAACAUUGAUGAUGCAGUCCCUUUCUUUGGGCAAGGAUUUAAUAAAAUCUAUCCACUUAUUAUGGUUCUAUAUACCCUACUAGUUGCAAGCAAUUUCUUUGGCCGGGUAAUUGAUUUUUUCGGAAGCUGGAAGAGGUUCAGGUUCCAAAAUGAGGCUGAUAAUCUGGAUGGACUUGAUGCUUCAGGAAUAAUCAUCCUGCAAAAAGAGCGAUCUUGGCUUGAACAAGGGCGUAAGGUUGGUGAGCAUGUCAUCCCAUUGGCAAGGAAUUUCAGCAAUGUAGAUGUUGAGUCUGGAAGCAAUAGCACAGACAAGGCUGCUAUUGAAAUGAAGCCAACAUCCAGUUUGGCCAAGGACAGUGGAAAGGGAAGCCAAUCAAAACCCUUGAAAGAAGAGACCUGGAAAUAUGACACGAGCACUGAAGCAACUGGAAACAAGUCUACCAACAUAAAAGAACAGAAUAAAGAAACAUCCAGUAAAAAAGAAAUGGAGAACAUUGCUCCCAAUACAGUCUCUUUGCUUGAUACAAGCAAAUCUCAGAACCACCAGAAUUCUGGUAAUGAAGCAGGGGUGCCUUCUUCUAGGCUCUCCUCAACAUGGGAAUCAGUGAAGACAGGAUUUCAAAGUAUAAAGGAUAAUAUAGGUGCCAAGAGAUUUAUGCCUCUUCGCCAAGUUCGGGAAAAAGACCUUGUUUCCCUUGUUUCGUCAUCCGAGUCCCUUGAUGAAAUAUUCCGGAGAUUAAAACAACCAGCAGUGGAUCAAGGGGAUUACAGUGAUGAGGAUGACAUUGACAUGGAUGUUAUAAGUUCAGGACCCACCGGAUAAUUACUGUAAUUCUUAAUGAGUGUUGUAGAAGUUGAGUAGGUGAUUGUAAUUUUUAAUUCCAUGAAACCCACGGAAAUGUAUGGGUUUCAGAUAAGGAUUGGAGGCUCGAUGCUCAGUGCACACCAAAUUUUUCCUGCAGCAAUGGAGGGGGUUCUGCUAUACCAAAUCACACACAGUUAACAAGUAGCUGCACAAACCAGGCAAAUACAACAAUGAAUAUGAAGCCUACUGGGAACCAAAAGUUCAGGAGAAUUUUGUAAUGUUUCAAUCUACUGGAUACAGCAUUCGUGUAGCUUAAUAUUGGUAUUGAUCGAGUGUAAUAUUUUGCUCUAGAAGCAGGUUUUGUGUGGUGUGUUUCUGUAAGCAUAUCAUGGGUUUGUAUUUGGCUCUUGAUACAGCAAUAACUGUCGGGUCAGGAUUCGUAUAGAGGUACCCAACCCCAAAUAAUUGGGAUUAAGGCUGAGCGGAGUAGAUUCUUCAGUUUUUCCCCUCCCUGAUCGCGUGCAAAAGAGUUUGCAUGAGCCAUGAUAUGCAUAU